AUGAGCGACAGACUUUUGAGCAACUUAGACAAACUUCUGCUCGAGUUUGUUUUCCAGCUAGAACAAACUUCUUAUGCUAAGGAACACGUGAAUCGACAGAUAAAUUUGUAUACUGCAAAAAUCACAGAAAAAAAGAAUGAAAUCGCUAGGCUGCAGGAAGAUAUAAACAACAGCAACGAUGCAAUUGCUGAUUUGCACAAGCAAAAUGAGAGUAGUAAGGAGAGCUGUAAAGCCUGGAAGCCCACCUAUGCAAUUCUUAGCCAGCAUGAAGAAUAUUUGAAAAAUGAACUUGAAGCUUUACAAGAAGCUACAGAAAAUGAGAGGAAAAUGUAUGAGGAUUACAUAACCCAGUAUAAAGAGAUUUUAAAACAACGGUGUGAGAAAUAUGCAGAAACUGCUCUUGCACAGAAGUAUUACCAAAAAAAGAAAGAACUUGAAGAAAUCCAAAACAGGGUUUUGAAACGUGCUUCUUCGAGGCGAAAGACACAGGAAAUGUUAAAGCUUGCUGCAGUUGCUACACAAGAAUCCAUUGAACUACAAAAAGAAGCUGAGGAAUUAGAAAGGAAGAUCAGUUAUUUAAAAAAGACAUUUGUAAAGGCUACAGAAGAUCAAAAUAAUUCCAAAAUGAUUGAAGGAAAAAAUCAGAAAAAUCUAGAGAAGCCAGAGAAGCUUAAAGAAAGGAUAUUUGAAGAUAGGGAACAUCCAUCUUUGCUCAAUGAGAAACAUCAACUGUAUAAACCAUUACAUGUCCCAUGCAUUCCUCGGAAACUAGGGCAGUCUGUACAGAGCAUUAGAUUCUCAAUGCAGCGAACAGAAAGAGGGAGAGGAGAAGAAGAAGAAAAACCUAUGGAACUUCCAGUGGCCACUUGCAGUUCCUCUAGCCUUGCAGAAAAUUCAUCACAGAUGGUUACUGACACUGCAGGCACUAAUAACCCACAGAUUGCCCAAGUUCCAGCAAUAGCAAGCUCACAAAACCAAAUGCAAUUCAGGCUCGUAAUUCCUCCAAAGCAGAUGACUUCCAAUCAACAGUUUGAGAGUGAAAAUGCAGUAAUAGCAAACCAAGAGGCCAAAUGUGAUGCAGAAGCAGAAAAUGAGCCAAAGGAUUAUUCUUAUAUACCUCAAGACAUAAACACAAAUUUUAAGACAAAUGAAGAUAAUCCUGACACAGCAGAAGAAAGUUCACAACGUUUUUUAAGAGCACCUGAAACACCUGAGUUUGUUGGAACGCCUGAUUCAAAGGGGAAGAAAACCCAGUUCUCAAAACUACCUUCAUUUGACUUCAUUCACAAUUUAGGUUCUGAAGAAGGAACAUCAAAAUCUCCUGCCUUCUUUUCUCUCAUGAACUUUGCCCAGAAAUCACCUGGCUUUAAUUUAUUUGAUUCUUCUGUGUUUGGGGCAGAAAAUUCAUCUGACGAGACAGAGGAAGGUUAUUCUGUGGGAAACUUGAACCCUCUGUCCCCACAAAAAGAUAUUGGAAGCUUGUUUGGGAAAUCAGAAAGUGAGGAGGCAUUUGCCUUCCCCUUCCCCUCAGAAUCAAUUUCUCAUGCAUUUGGAGAUGGAAAAGAUGACUUCAGUUUUCCAUUUGCAUUUGGACAGGAUCAGAGAUCAUCACAGUCUCCUCCUGUGAAAGAUUUUCAUUCUUCCUUACAAAAUACAAAGCCAUUUACAUUCUUCUGAAUACUUUGACUUCCUUUUAAAUUCUUUUCCUCCUUAACCUUGACAAAUGUUAUCAGUUUCUUAAGUUAAAGUACAAAGCAUUUCAUCUUCCCCUUUCAUUUCAUGCAAGACUGCAUUAUUCCAAUUGCUGCAAAAGCAUGUGUAUGUUCAUCAAGCACACACGCUUUGAGAUGCAGCUUUUAUUUUUCCUAUUUCCUGAAUAUGUUGUUUUCAUAAAAUGUUAUGAUA